GGGCAUCACAAUCGCCUCCUCCCCCUGGGGAAGGCAGAAAGGCGCCUCCUGACGAGAACCAAGGCGUGUGGGGACGCAGGGCCUCUGCGUGUCAGGGUGCAGAACCUGGGCCGAGCCCUAGGUGAAGGGGCGGGGUGGUUGGCCCUGAGCCAAUCAUGGCUCGUGACGACUCUGCUCGGCCAAUCAGAAGAAGGGAGGCCUGGCGCUCUCGGGGCGGGUGAGAAACCGCCCCCCCUUGCAGCUCCGCGGCCAACGCCUUCGCCCAGGGGUAGUUGGAGCGGUGCAGGUUCCCAGGCUCCAGGUACUGGGCGCCUUACGAGCUGGGAGGUGGUGCCUCUCACCCAGCUAAUUGCUCUCUAGCCCUUGGCCUUCACGGGUGUUGGUGCCUGCCGUGAACGCAUUCUGACCUGGGCCCUAUCUGUCUCCCAAGACUUUGUGCCUAUGGUUGGGGACAGAGUGAGGUCGUUGCCUUGACGACGACAGCAUGCGGCCCGUGGUCCUCCUAAGUGUGAGCUUGCGGCGGACCGAGGCCCACCUGCCUCCCUGCCUGCUUCGCCCUGGACUCGUGACUGCGUCCGCAGAAGAAAUCACAACAGCGCUGGAAUUGCUACUUUGCUAGGCAGCAUCUUUUGGACCUGCGAGCCAUAUGCAUUUCACCUCAAAUUUGUUUCCAAGUUGAAAACCUUUGGGUCUUUCUAUGCGAACGGACUGAAGAAACGCAAAAAGUUUCUACGGACUUUAAAUUAAAAUGGAAAAAUAUGAAAACCUGGGUUUGGUUGGAGAAGGGAGUUAUGGAAUGGUGAUGAAGUGUAGGAAUAAAGAUACUGGAAGAAUUGUGGCCAUAAAGAAGUUCUUAGAAAGUGACGAUGACAAAAUGGUUAAAAAGAUUGCAAUGCGAGAAAUCAAGUUACUAAAGCAACUUAGGCAUGAAAACUUGGUGAAUCUCUUGGAAGUGUGUAAGAAAAAAAAACGAUGGUACCUAGUCUUUGAAUUUGUUGACCACACAAUUCUUGAUGACUUGGAGCUCUUUCCAAAUGGACUAGACUACCAAGUAGUUCAAAAGUAUUUGUUUCAGAUUAUUAAUGGAAUUGGAUUUUGUCACAGUCACAAUAUCAUACACAGAGAUAUAAAACCAGAGAAUAUAUUAGUCUCCCAGUCUGGCGUUGUCAAGCUGUGCGAUUUUGGAUUUGCGCGAACAUUGGCAGCUCCUGGGGAGGUUUAUACUGAUUAUGUGGCAACCCGAUGGUACAGAGCUCCAGAACUAUUGGUUGGUGAUGUCAAGUAUGGCAAGGCUGUUGAUGUGUGGGCCAUUGGUUGUCUGGUAACUGAAAUGUUCAUGGGGGAACCCCUAUUUCCUGGAGAUUCUGAUAUUGAUCAGCUAUAUCAUAUUAUGAUGUGUUUAGGUAAUCUAAUUCCAAGGCAUCAGGAGCUUUUUUAUAAAAAUCCUGUGUUUGCUGGAGUAAGGUUGCCUGAAAUCAAGGAAAGAGAACCUCUUGAAAGACGCUAUCCUAAGCUCUCUGAAGUGGUGAUAGAUUUAGCAAAGAAAUGCUUACAUAUUGACCCCGACAAAAGACCCUUCUGUGCUGAGCUCCUGCACCAUGAUUUCUUUCAAAUGGAUGGAUUUGCUGAGAGGUUUUCCCAAGAACUACAGUUAAAAGUACAGAAAGAUGCCAGAAAUGUUUCUUUAUCUAAAAAAUCCCAAAACAGAAAGAAGGAAAAAGAAAAAGAUGAUUCCUUAGUUGAAGAAAGAAAAACACUUGUGGUACAGGAUACCAAUGCUGAUCCCAAAAUUAAGGAUUGUAAACUAUUUAAAAUAAAAGGCUCAAAAAUUGAUGGAGAAAAAGCUGAAAAAGGCAAUAGAGCUUCAAAUGCCAGCUGUCUCCAUGACAGUAGGACAAGCCACAACAAAAUAGUGCCUUCAACAAGCCUCAAAGACUGCAGCAAUGUCAGCGUGGACCACACAAGGAAUCCAAGCGUGGCAAUUCCCCCACUUACACACAAUCUUUCUGCAGUUGCUCCCAGCAUUAAUUCUGGAAUGGGGACUGCGACUAUACCAAUUCAGGGUUACAGAGUGGAUGAGAAAACUAAGAAGUGUUCUAUUCCAUUUGUUAAACCGAACAGACAUUCCCCAUCAGGCAUUUAUAACAUUAAUGUGACCACAUUAGUCUCUAGUGAAAAAAACCUCUUUUGGGCAAGUAAGAAAAGAAGAGAAUACUCCAGGACAGAUGUCCGUUUGCCUGAACUAAACUAUAAUCAUCUCCCUGAACUAAGAGCACUGGGAGGCAUAGCUCGAAAUUCCAGGCUAACAAAGAAAGAGAGCAAAAUUCUUUCAGAAUCUCGAAUUCCUUCUCUGGCUGCUAUUGACCUGCACACCCCCAGUAUUACAUUACAUCAGGUAUCAGGACCUCCCCUGUCAGAUGAUUCAGGGGCUGAUUUGCCUCAAAUGGAACACCAGCACUGAGAACCAUUUUGGUUCUGAACUGGAUGAUGCUCUUGCACUUGAGAUGACAUCUUCUUGCAGCAAGAGUGCUGAUAUCCCAAGAGGAGAGAUUCAUGGUUUUGAUCAUUUCCUUCUGAACUGCCUGCAUUUUCUGAGGAAGGCCUUCUAGAAGAAGGAAAGACAAAGACUUCCAAAUGUUUCAAAGGAAGAUUGAACAAAUGGCCCUCCCCAACUGUUAUCCCAUUACCUUUCACGUCCACCGAUGCUAUUUCAAGACAUAUCCAGUGGAAUAACAGUGAUAUGGUUCUUGUUACAUGAAUGUGUGUUUACUGUUAGGAGAUUGUAUAUUUUAAGUUACCCAUGAUUAAAAGUGUGUAAAAAAGGGGGACAGAGAGAAAUUCUAUAAAAGGCCAUGUUACUCAUGCAUUGAACUUUGUGUGUUUUCUGUAUAAAUGUGUACAUUUAUUUAGGAGUGGGUUUUGUGGGGGUAGGUGAUAAAAAUUAGGAUCAGUUGAAGAAAAUUGAAGAAACUAGGAUCAGUAAGAGAAACUGUUUGCUUUACCUGAAUUUAACUAUGAAAACACACUUAAUCUUACACGUUUCUAGAUAUUAAGUGAAUAUAUAACUCCUGUCCAUGGGUAGAUGUGUAUCUUUGACUUCUGUAAUUAUUGUUGAUAUUCUAUCAGUGUAUUAUGAGACUCUGGUGUCCCUGCAGAUCUUCUAAGAACCACACUAAUGCAAGCUUGACAGAGAAACCUCUUUCGAAUGACUUACUACAACUCUGGCAUUGGUUAGUUCUAUGUAUUGUAAGAUUCUGGUGCUAAUGCUCCAUACAGAAUUGAUCAGGACUGAUUACUUUUCUGUGGACCAAUUGCUAUUGAACCACCCAGCUGAAGAGGGUUUGGGGAGAGAACGUUCAUUAUUAUGGACUCCACUUUUGUCCCCUGGUAGUUUAAGGGUGAUACUAGAAUCCAGAGAAGUUCCUGUCUCCUUGUGGCCUCAAACACUCAGGCCAUCUCAAAAGCUUUUCACCAAGGUGCAAAAUCAUUUACCUGCAUUCCACACAUCUUUUCCAAUGCAUGGAUCCAAAACUUUUUAGGUGGGAGGAAUAAACUAAGUUGGCUACAGGUUCUUGAUUUCUGGGUUUCUACACAUGCUCUGCAUUUAUCAUUUUAGAGAAUGGUUAUUUAGGGAACCAGAAUUUGUGAGGUUUUUUUUUUUUUUUUUGCCUUAACCAGUUAAUAGUGUGUUGCUUUUUUUCCAAAGCCAUUGACUAGAACUUAGCUGAAGAAUUUAACUAGAACUUUUCUUUAUUACUCUGAGGAGCUUAAUAUUGAAAUUCUGACCUUGCAUAUUUAAGCCUCAAAAGAGUAGGACAUUCAAGAGGAGGCAAAUAAGGGAUUUCAAUGUACAAAUCUAUAGGUGGUGGUUAAAUUAAAAUUGGUCUUGAUUUAAAAGCUCUACUUUUAAUCUGUGACCAGCUGUUUGACAACAUUAGUAUGGAUAACAUGCUGAAAAAACUAGGGUCUCAGCAUUAAUAGGCUGCAUAUUAAAAAGUUACUAUUUUAUUUUUACUUUGAAAAACACUGCCGAUAGAUUCUGCAGCAUGGCAAACAGGUAAUACUUAAAGCCAAAUGGCGCUUCGGCUUAUUUCAAUACUAUUUUUAUGUAAAGAUCAGUGUGAAAAUAUCAGCUCAAUGGUUGAGGUUCUAGGAUCAAUUGCCUUGCAGUUUUUAUACUAGCUUUUGAUAUCUUUUGCCUAUUAAAACACCUUGUGAACUUUAGAAUUAAGGGACUAAAAAAUAUUUACCAUAAGUCCAAGUUAUGAUUUGAGGAUCAUAUCUGAUUAGAACUGUGGCAGAACUACUAGAAAAAGAUUCUGCAAAUUGGUUUCAGUGAUUCUUGUUGAUGUAAUCAACAAGAUUACAUAAUCAACAAUAAUAGAUAUUGAACCAAAAUGAUCCUUUUUUUAAGUUUAAGGUUGUUUAGUUUCUCUUGCAAGGAUAUGAUUUAGUCACACACUAAUAGGGAAUAUGUGUAUGUACUGGUGGGGAGCAGUGGGCUUGCUGCGUGUAUAUAUGUUUUAAAAUUAAUAAAUAUUAUCUUACUGGGCUCCAUAGAUGGUCUUAAUUUAGAUUUAUUUAAUUAAGAGGCUAUAAAUAAUAUAAACACUACUGUAUGGCAUUUAACAAAUAAGUUUUAAAUCUGUUAAUUCUUCUGGAAAACUUUGGAUGUAGGGAUGGCAAGCUAAUUUUCUUGUAUAGCUGGUGAUAUAAGCAGCAUGGUCAUAAAAAUAACAUUUCUUGUAAAGACUAACUGGUAACAGUUGUGACAGAACCUGGUUUUCCUUACUGAGAAUCCCUUGCUUGCUUAGAAUAUCUGACUUCCCAUUGAAAUGGAACAUAGAAAAUGUGUUUUCUUAUGUGACUCUCAUUAUUGGUUCCUUUAUCUUAGUUGUGCUACAAUAUAAGGCUGGACCUGUAAUACACUAUGUAUCAGAAUAGACUGAAAAAUGUGAUCGAUUUGUUUUCUAAGUCCUCCUCUAUAUAACUGAACCAUGGUCAGGGGAUUAGAGAAGCAACAGAGCACUGCUCCUAAGGCUUUAGGCUAGUCUUAGUGAAUUGGACUGAAUGGAUUUUUCUCUGUUGUUUUUUGCAUUAAAUGUUUUUGCACUAGAAGAGGGUGCUUAACACUCCUCUAUCUAUAUGAAUAAAAAAUUAUGUUCUCACA